AUGGAUCAAAAAGAAGAUGAGUAAUUCAUGUAAUUACCUAGACUUAAAAGUGAUGACAUGUAAUUAUAAUUUCAACAUCUAAAUAAUAUAAACGAUGAUUAGGAAUCCUAUUUAGUUUAAUCCACUAUCUAAUUUAGUCAGAAUCCUCGUGUUUUUUAGAGUGUAGUCACUGGUCAAUAUCAAAAUUAAGAUGAAGAUUCUCUUGAUUAUUCACAAUUUAUGACUAAAUCCUAUACACAACAAUCAGAUUAAAAAUAAUAAUAACUAGAGGAUUAUCUUCUCUUAUAGAAAAUUACUAAUUCUACUUAUGAACAAAAUCAACAACCUUAUGAAAUUGAAUUUGUUAAACAAAUUAAUGGAGCAUUAGUAUAAUUUUGUAUUUCUUCUCCUGCAACUAGAAAAUUAUUUGCAAAUUAAGAAAAAGUAAAAUCAAGAAAUACACUUACAUUGAAUGCAAAUAAAAUUUGGUUAGAAAAUCAAUCAGAAUGUUUUCAUUGUAUGUUUGACACAAAAACAUUAAGAAUCUUAAUUUAAUGUGAAUCUACAAAAAUACCUAGAGUAGAAUUAUUGAGUUAAUUUCAUUGUAAUGAUUUGUCUGAAUUUGUUCGUAUAUUCUGUAAAUUACCAGAAGUUAGAGAUGCUAUGUUAAGUUCAUAUAGUUUAAAAGAAACAUCUUAACCAGAUAAAUAUGGUAUUAACACUGGAUAUUCAGAAGUGGUUACUGCAUUAACUGAAUAUAUGAAAUCUAUUGAAAUCAAUGGUCUUUCAAAUACAUCACUUAUUGAUGAUAUGGUAGAAAGAUAUCUCACUAGAUUAAUAUAUGAAAAAUUAUAUCCCAAAGAACCAACAGCUAGAGAUAUAGAAUUAAAUAUAAGACUCAAAACUUUAGAAUGGAUUACAGAUGAACAUUUAAGUAUAAAAAUUAAAUCAAAAAUUGAUUAAUAAUUUGAAUGUGCUGCUUAAAGUAAUAUAAAUAUAAUUUAAAUUUAGUUAUUAAUCAAAUUGAAAUAAAAAAGAACUCUGUUGAUAAAUUAGAUUGUAUUUUAAAAGCUACUUAACUUAUUACAGAUACUAUAUCUUAAGUUAAUUAAGAAGCAGCUUCUGCAGAUACUGUAUUUCCAGCCUUUAUAAGAGUAUUAAUUCUAGCAUAGUCUACAAGAUUAUAAAGCAAUAUCAAGUAAUUUAUAAUGAUAUUCAGUUUCAUAGAACUUUUUAUCAAUAAAUCAAGAAUGAUGAGUCAUGCUGGAUAUUGUUUCACACAAUUAAAGUCAGCCAUUGUAUGGAUUGAAAAUGUAAAUUAUGAAUAAUUGAAAAUGGAUCCCAAUUAAUUCAAUAGACUGUAAUAAGAAAAAAAUGUUAAGUAUGGAAUGUGCAAACGAAGAGAUAGAAAGAAAAGAAUUCUUUUAUUUUGA